AUGGGUAGACCAAAGAAAGAAAUAAGUGAGGAGAAAUUUGAACAAUUUCAAAGAGAAGUAGAAUUAGCUGGUAACAGAACUGAUAUUUUACUACGAGAUAAAAAGGGCAGGUCUCGUUCCUGUUUACUGUGUAGACGAAGAAAGCAACGUUGUGAUCAUAAGUUACCUACAUGUACUGCAUGUUUAAAAGCUGGUGUCAAAUGUAUCCAACCAGCCAAAUAUCAAAGUUCUUCAACAAAUUCAAAAGAUAAUAUUAUUCCUACCACCAAUAAUGUCGGUCUCAAUAACGACAACAAUUGUAAUAUUAAUAACUGCACUUUGGGGAAUGACAGACCUCUGAUUAUUAGUAACUAUUCGAUUUCUCCAGUUAAUUCUAAAAAUUCACUAAAUUCUAAUGGACUACUAUCAAUCAAUAAUAUUAAUAAUGGUAAUAACUCAUUCUUUGUAAACUCUAAUUCUAAUAUAAUACAAACUACAAAUUUCAACACUACAGGAAAGAUAACGAAGAGUAACCCAAAUUCUGAUUCUGAUAAGGAUGAAUACACAAAAUUGUUAGAGAAAAAACUAAGAUUUUUAGAAAAAUUAAUUGAUAUCUCACCGAAUACCGUGACAUUCAAGAAGAAGAUAAAACAGUAUAAAAGAAUUACUCAUCUGUUGAAUAAUAUGGAUGAUACAUUUGAUGAAUUGGAUUUCCACCAUCCAAAUAAUGGCCCAGAUAAUAAGUUUGACUCUACAUAUUAUAGGUUUCCAUAUAAUAAUCAUAAUACUAAAAUACUUCCUCCAUUAAAUUCCCAAUUCUUUGAUCCUAAUAACAAUACAAAUAGCAUAUCUGCUACCUCAGCAAAUAGGACUGAAUUCAAAGACGAUUAUUAUAACCGAAUGAUGGGAACCUCACUUCCUAGAGUUGCUUCUCAAAACAGCAAAUAUGACACUGUUAUUUCAUUGACUUCUAAAUCUUUGAAGGAUUUUGAUCUUAGCAGUUGUAUUUUUUCGAAAUAUGAUUUAAAAGAGUUUUUAGCUUAUAAACCUGUAAUGGAAUUUGAUGAGGAAUUAUCAAGAUCAUUUCUAGACACAUUUUUCACUAGAUUACAAUUCAAAUACCCCUUAUUAGAUGAGCAAGAGAUUUACUCAUUCCACGAACAUUUUGUUAAUAAUAAUAUUUACUCUUAUUCAGAAUCGGAUUUCCAUUUUUCUUGUGGUAGAAUGUGGCUUGUCUACACAAUAAGUGCAUGUCUUCAGAUGACUACUGGCAAAUAUAAGGGAAAUCCACCGAUGAAUUACUUUUCGACUGCAAUAAGACAUGUGGCAAAAUGUGGUAGGAGUUUAAAUUAUGUUCAACAAGUUGAAUUAUUGACUUUAUUAGUUCUAUAUCUAUUAAGAACAGAUAAAGAUUCUUUAGUGUUAUAUGAAAUCAUUAAAGAUGUGAUGACAAUUUGUAAAGAAAAAUUAUACUUGAAUAAAUGGCAUUCACCAGAUCCGUUUGCUAACAAAAAAUUGAGAUUAUUUUGGUGUAUUUAUUUAUUAGAAAGAAUGAUUUGUGUUGCAGUUGGGAAACCAUACACAAUCACUGAAUCUGAAAUUGAUUUACCUUAUUUUACUGAAGACUCCUUUAAUACCAAGGAUACAAAGACUCACAAUGGAGUAAAUUUCAUUAAUCAAUCAUUAAAAUUGCGUCGUACUGAAUCCAAUUUUGUAGAACAGUUAAAAAUCAUUCCACAAAAACCUGAAGAUGCUGAUAGUACGCCUAAUAACAGCAAUAAUAAAAAAUUACUAAUUAAACAAUUGCCAGAAGUAAGAAAAAUUUUUAAAGACCUAGAGGUAUGGAGGUCUGGUCUAAUCACUAGUAGUUUCAAAAAUUUUGAAAAUGAAACACUAAAAUUAUAUUAUUACAGAGCAGUUAGAUUAUUAAUUCAACCAUACCUUGAAGUCUUGCCCCCCGAUGACAGAUUAUUUAGAGAAUGUCAAGCUGCUGCUGGCCAAAUUUGCCAGUUAUAUAAAAUAUUCCAUCAAAAGACUGUUACAGGACAUUCAACACCUGCCGUGCAUACAGUGUUCGUAGCCGGUGUCACAUUAAUUUAUUGUAUGUGGCUAGCUAGGAAUUUUGGUGAUAAAAAGAGAAGAAAAUUAGGUGAUGACUCUAAACAUACCAGACCUUUAGUUAGUGCCACUCUAUUUUCUACAAUGGAUGAUUUAAGGGCUUGUUCUGUUUGCCUUUAUGUCAUCACAGAACGAUCUAAUUUUGCUAGAAUUUUUAGAGACGCAUUUGAGCAAUUGAUGAAUGCAACUGUAGGAAAUUUAAUUGAAAGAUGUGGUCCUAAUUCAUCUGAGUUAAUAUACAUGGCUAAUGAUACUAAGAAUGGGCAACAUAAAGCUUCUAAUAGUUAUCAAAAGAAGAAAACACAAAAUAUUACGGACGAGGAUACUACACUAAUGAGUAGUGACCAAGAUGGAAGGAUCAACGAUAAAGCAUCCAAUAAUAACAAUAUUAGUAAAGAAAACUCAAAUUAUGAAACGACCAACUCCAUUAAUGGAAUGCCACCAGCUAUGAACAGAACAUUUGGGAAAGGUCAAGCCGAAGAGCAUGCCGGUUUUGUGGCAAAUUCUCAAGUCGAUCCUGCUGAACAGAAGGAACUGAAUAGAAAGAAAGGAAUUUUACAAAAGGCUACUCUCCCUAAAAGUUUAGCUCAUUUAUUAAUUAACGAAGAUAAUGAAGAUGAAAAAAGCUUCAAUAGAACAGAAACAGAAAGUUGCAAAAAAUCAACUGCUGACACACCAUCCAACUCGCUGAAAGAAGAAGAAGAAGAUGGAUCAAGUCCAACAACUAGUAUUAAUGAUGAUACAAAGAGAUAUAUUGUCAAGAAACCUGUUAAUUUAAAUGAAUUUAAUUGGGAAAAUUUUGAACACCAAGCAUUUUUACAACAACAUUAUGCACAACAAAAUUUACAAGUAUAUUUAACGUCGUUAAACUAUAAUAAGACUGAUAAUAAUAACAAUAAACAGUUUCCGGCAAAUGUAAAUGUAAAUACUACAACAAAUAAUGGCAAUGGGAUUAUUCCAUAUUCAAAUCUACAGCCAUAUAUUGGUACACAACCCACUCUGCCAGCUAAUUUAAAUUCAACGAAUUCUCAACCAACAAAUAUACAACAAAAUUAUGUUAAAAAUAUGAACUCUCAUAAAAGUCAUAACAGUAAUGACACUCCUAGUUCUACUACUUCUACCAAUACUCAUGUACCCAUCUCCACAUUUAAUGAUGUUCCAAUACAACCCGUAUCCGAAAUUUAUCAAUCAACCAAUAUUAACAGGACUAGAAUGGGAAAUACAAGUUAUCCAGGUGCCCCUGUUAUUCAUGGACCAAUGGUAAAUAAUAACAAUAACAGCAACAAUACUUUUAGUACGAUCCCAGUCAGCACAAUGCCACUUAUCAGUAUGAGUAAUAAUAAUAAUAUUCCUAAUAACAAUAAUGUUAUGACAAUAACAAGGAACAAUGAAGUCACUUCCAGUGGUGUUCUUUUCAAUAAUGGCACACAUGACAUGAUUAAUAAUAUAUCUACAUGGACCAAUGAUUCAGCUAAUGAAUUAUUAAGCCAUUCUAAUUAUAAUUAUAGUAUGUUUAAUUUAGAGCCAACAAAUCCAAUACCAACAGAUAGUGACAAGAAGAAUAUGACUCAUUUCUCCACAAAUAACAAUGUGACUUCACAUAUUGGUUCAAGUAAUAGUGUAAACCUCACUCCAACAUCUACUGUUACUAAUACUGCUACUACCAAUAAUAAUAAUAAUAACAGUAAUAACAAUAAUUCAAUAUUGCACCCCCAGGAUGCUGAUGGGUGUUCUAAUGAGAAUAAUCAACCAAUUCGAACCAAUGAGCCAAAUAAUAGGAUGAUUAAUCAUGUAGAUGUUAACCAAAGUAAUAAUGGAAUGAUGGUACCAAAGCGUAUUGGUACUAUCUCGUCAGAUAGUUAUAAUAAUAAUCUCAAGAAUUCCCAAAAUAAAAUAGCAAAUAAAUUUGUUACAAAGACUCGAUUUCCUGAUAAUUUUGCACCAGUAGAAGAUUUCUGGACAGUUAAUGAUGAUUAUGAAUUUUUAACGUGA